CAGGAAGAAAAUGGAUUAAAAACAUUUGUGUGGCACUCGUGAGAGAUGACUCACAUGUGCUGUAAAAUGGGACGGUUUGGCUUCUCCCUUCUAUGCCACAGCAGUUCAUUCCUCUCAUCUUACACUGUCCAUCCAGUCUUCAGGACAUGCUGCCUCCGCAGAGGACUCUUUGUUGGCUCAGCCACCUGUCGUCAGAGCACCAUGCUAUUCCAGCAUUGCCAGCACAGGGGAGAUGGGAGGACAAAGAGCCUCAGCCACCAUGUACAGGACUUAACAGAGGCUGAGCAGAGACUGUUAAACAAACUGUAUGAAGGACUGAUUGGAGGGCAGCGAGCAUCAUUGGCUGAGUCCAUCACUCUGGUGGAGACCCAACAUCCCAGGAAGAAAGAAUUAGCCCAGGUGCUGCUGCAGAGGGUGCUGGCCUACAAGAGAGACCAGGAGGAUCGCAAUGGAGGGAAGCCAGUGGCCUUUAGAGUAGGACUGUCUGGUCCGCCAGGAGCAGGGAAGUCAUCUUUCAUCGAAGUGAUGGGGAAAAUGUUAACAAGACGCGGACAUAAAGUGUCAGUGCUGGCUGUCGACCCGUCGUCCUGCACUACAGGAGGGUCUUUGAUGGGUGAUAAGACUCGUAUGACUGAACUCUCCAGGGACAUGAAUGCUUUCAUCAGACCGUCUCCAACUUCUGGUACACUAGGUGGAGUCACUCGAACAACCAAUGAGGCCAUUGUUCUGUGUGAGGGGGCUGGUUAUGACAUCGUUCUUGUAGAGACUGUGGGAGUGGGGCAGUCAGAGUUUGCAGUGGCUGACAUGGUUGACAUGUUUGUGUUGCUAAUUCCACCAGCAGGUGGUGAUGAACUCCAGGGAAUCAAGAGGGGCAUCAUUGAGAGGGCCGACUUGGUGGUGGUGACGAAAUCGGAUGGUGAUCUGGUGGUACCAGCCAGGAGGAUCCAGACUGAAUAUACCAGCGCACUCAAAUUGCUCAGGAAAACAUCCAAGUCCUGGAACCCUAAGGUACUGCGUGCCUCCUCAUACACCAGUGAGGGCAUCCCAGAAGUUUGGGCCAAGAUGGAAUCAUACCGUGAUGUCAUGUUAACCAGCAGUGAACUGCAAGGCCGCCGCCGCUCCCAACAGAAGGUUUGGAUGUGGAGUUUAAUCCAAGAGAACGUCCUGUGUUAUUUCCAGAGUCACCCCCAUGUAAAAGAGUCACUACCUCACCUCGAGAAGCAGGUGACCAGAGGAGCCAUCUCGCCAGGCCUGGCCGCUGACCUACUCCUCAAAGCCUUCUCUUCAUCAUCCUCGUAGUUAGAGCAGGGAGCUUUGUGUGUGAAAGAAUGACUCAUGUCUUGUCAAUGCAGAGAAAAGCCAGGACUGACCAGGAGUGACCUUGAGUCUGCAGUUUGUGCAAAUGGAAGCAGUCUUGCUUUUACAGUCAAAUUGAAUUUUCACAUAUCUGAGAGAGAAGUCGCCCUUCCACAGAAAUGGUUUCAGCCCACUUUAAUCCCUGAUUGGAAACGGCUGACUGAGCAGGUGGUUGUCACUUCUUGCCUACAGAAUCAUUGACAGUUGGACAGGAGACGACAAAGUUAAGUUAUUCAUUUUUGUGAGGCACCGUUGGACCAUUUUCUCGGAUAUUCCACACUGUACUGCACAGAAAGUCAUUUUUAAAACUGAUAUCAGGACUGUCAAAUGCGCAAGAAAACCAGAUGCCUCUUAUCAGCUGUUGUAAACCCAGUACAUCCAAUCUGUCAAUUUUCAUCAUUAAUGUGAACCUAGUUUGUUUGUUUGUUUUUUGGGGGGGGGGGGGGGUUCUGUAAUUUUAUCAGUGAUGUGAAGUUUUUCUGGCAACAUGAACAUUAAAUUUGUCAGUAUAGUUG